GCUGGUAUGGGUGCUCUUCGGGAACAUACUAUGGCACAGAUGAAUACUAGUAAUAGUUUUAGAAAUCUUUCAAUCACUCAUGACUAUGCAAAUAUUGCUGGUAAUAAUGCAGUAACACAGAUUAAGGGCCAAUUUCUACGAGGUUUGUUUCCAGACUUGGAGGAUGAUGCAGAACGUAUUAUUGUAGGUUCAGAGAAUUAUGAUUCAAAGAAUUAUCUAAGGACUUGCUUUGCAAUAAAACCUCACUUUCAAUUCGUAAUCAAGAAUUUAUUUGUUGUCAGCAUUCUCGAUUUUCUAUAUAAUCAACAACAUGAGA